AUGUAUCCAAACAUCAGCUCUGGCACAACACAACCGUCAGCGCCGCCACCGCCUUCUUCGACAUCAAUAUCAACAUCAACAACUUCAACCUUAACAAAUUUAACUUCUCAACAAGCAGUUGGAUUCUCUAGUUUAAUGUCUCAACCAUCCAAUCAAAACGCGCCACAUACCGGCGGACAAUCAUCACAACCUCCUUAUCCAACAGGUCCUCCAUCAUCACAACCUUCUUUUCCAACUGGUCCUUCGUCGUCAUCUUUUAAUAAUCCAUAUCCAUCAGCUAAUCAACCAGCAAAUACAAGUAAAUAUUCAAGUUAUUCUCUUCCACAACCUGGAAAUCAACCUCCACCAUCUCAAGGUGGUGCUAGUUAUCAACAAGGUCCUUAUGCACAACAACCAAAUCCUUAUCAAGCUUCAAAUCCAUCUGCUGGAUAUCCACCUGGUCAACAACCACCACGUCCAACAGGUUAUCAACAGCCAUAUGCUCCAUCAAAUCCAUAUCAACCACAGCAAGGUAAUACCGGUUAUCAAAAUCCAUAUGCACCACCAAGUUCCUAUCCACCACAACAAGGUGGUUAUCCACCACAACAGCAAUAUCAAAAUCCAUAUGGUCAAAAUCCUUAUGGUCAAAAUCCUUAUGGUUCAAGUGCUCCACCACAACAAUCAUAUCAAAACCCCCCUUAUGGUUCCAAUCCUCAACAACAACCAUCAUAUCAAACUCCCUAUGGUUCAAAUGCUCCACCACAACAAUCAUAUCAAAAUCCUCCUUAUGGUUCCAAUCCUCAACAACCUCAAGCUGGUGGAUAUAAUGCAAGCUCAUAUGGAUCACCAGCUACGAAUGAUCGUCUUCGAGCAAUAGCUGCUCGUUAUGAAAUAAAUGAUACACUUGCUCAACGUCUUAAUAUUCUCCAACAAUUUGAAAUAGUUGUACUUUGUGAUGAUUCAGGUUCAAUGAAUACACCAGUUGAUGGAACAACAGGUACUCGAUGGGAUGAAUUACGAUCUAUCGUACAAAUAGUUAUGGAACUUGGUACUGUAUUUGAUUCAAAUGGAAUUGAUGUACAUUUUCUUAAUCGUCCAUCAAUGCCUAAUGUAACUGAUGCACGACAAGUUAUUGAAUCAUUUAGUCAACGUCCAGGUGGAUUAACACCACUUACAGCAGCUUUAAGACGAAUUUUUCAAUCACAAGCAAGUAAACCUGGUAGUGAUAAACGUUUACUUGUAUUUGUAGCUACAGAUGGAGCUCCAACAGAUCCAAAUGGAAAUGUUGAUGUACAAAGUUUAGAAAAUUUAAUGCGUAAUGAACGUCAAGCCAAUACAACAUAUGUAACAUUUCUUGCUUGUACAGAUGAUGAAUCAAGUGUAGCUUAUUUAUCACAAUGGGAUCGUACAAUGAUGAAUGUUGAUGUUGUUGAUGAUUAUAAAACUGAACGAGAAGAAGUACGUCGUACUCGAGGUUAUAAUUAUCCAUUUUCAUUUGGAGAUUAUGUUGCAAAAGCAUUACUUGGUGCAGUUGAUCCACAAAUGGAUCUUUUGGAUGAAUCUGGAAAUAAUAAUAAUAAUAAUAAUUUUCGAAGGUAUUAA